AUGUCUGCCUAUGGAGCAUGCGUGUAUAUUGUAUCCAGAUCUGCUGACAAAGCCAAUGCCCAACUAUUGUGCUCCAAGUCUCGAGUAGCACCCCUGAAGACUCUGUCGAUUCCGAAGCUUGAACUGUGCGGAGCGCUUCUGUUGGCCAAUCUUCUGAGCAAGCUUCAAAAAAUGGAUAUAUUUUCAGGUCCAUAUUUCUGCUGGUGCGAUUCAACCGUAGUCUUAGCUUGGCUGAAUAGUGAGUCAUCCCGAUUCACAACUUUCGUUGCUAACAGAGUAGCAUCCAUCCAAAGACUGUCUGCCGGAAUGGAAUGGCUUCACAUACCUACUGCACUAAAUCCUGCUGAUAUCAUAUCCAGAGGAGCCUUGCCCAUGGAAUUGAACGCGUCCGAUCUCUGGUUUCAUGGACCCUUGUUCUUGCUGCUACCGCGAUCCAGCUGGCCGCCAUCCCCUGCCCAAGAGCAGUGCAUACUGGAGCUGCGCAAGGCAACGUGUUUGGUUUUGACGUCUCCCAUUGAUCUGACAUCUAACUGCAAAUCACCCACUCUGACUGUUUCAGAUUUACAGAAUGGUACACGCCUCCUAGUUCGAGUUGUGCAGCGAGCUACCAUGUGGGCUGACUUAAAGGCAAUUCAGGCCAACCAUGUCCUGAAGUCAUCAAAUUGCCUGUCAUCGCUGUCUCCAUUUGUUGACGAUUUUGGUCUUCUACGAGUCGGAGGUAGACUGUCGAACUCAAGUCUGCCCUUUGACUCUCGACAUCCAAUGAUCCUGCCCAGGAAGCAUCCAGUUACUUCGGCUAUCAUUAAGCACUUCCACAAAGAAAGCCUUCACGCAGGACCUCGGACGGUGCUGGCCAGAAUCAGACUCCACUAUUGGCCCAUCGGGGGAGAAGAACAGUCGCUGCUGUAG